GGAUAUGUAUUAUUUGUUAUUAAAGAUAAACAGAUUGAUUCGAUUUAGGGUUAGUGAUAGUUCUAUCAUUUAUUACUUUUAACUCUGGUACAAGAUAAAUUUCUUUCAAUACGGAAAAAAAUUAGAAUAUUUAUUUGUCGUUAUAGUUAUUAAUUUAAAUGUAUUUAAAGUUAAUGCUUUUCCGAUACGAUAUUUCCAUGGCUGCAUGCAACGACAUCGAUAGUACGCCGCCAUUUUUACAUAUACUUUUCCUUCCACGUGUGCUGACGGAUGUGGUUCACUUUUUAUCAAAAACUCGAAGGAGAUGUAGAAAUAUUGGACUCUGAAACCUUUUGGUUGAAAUUAAGCAAAUGCAUGCUUUGUGCAUGUAAGACACCUCGGUGUAACAUGUGAGGACGCCGAGACCUCCAGCCGAAAUGUGGGGUCGAUGAGACACCCGGGCCGUGAGACCUUUGGUUAAACUACUCAUUUUAAAGCUUGAGGAGAUGCUAAAAUGGCCGUUUUCCUCACGUUGCCAAUUCUAGGUUAUGUUUGGCUCUGCUAACAUCGAGCACAUGGACUAUAACAAGAAAGAAUCACUUGGCAUUUUUUGAGGAAUAAGGAAUUGAUGUGAUCAAUAAUUGGAGGGUUUUGUUUUCUGUCUAUCACAAAGAAUGACGACCAGAAAACUGCUAUACAAAAAAAAACUAAUCUUUUGUUCCUAAAAUAAAUGUAAAAAGCUUUAAAAAUGUAUAUUUUUAUUAAAAAUGGGUAUGGAAAUAUAUAGGGGUUUGCAGUUUUAAAAAAUGUAGGAAAUGCUGAAACUUCGAGUUGGCUGAAAACUUAAAUAAAAUUAGUUAUGGCUGAAAAGUUACAUACUCUUGUUCUUGGAAGUGGCAUGUCCACUCUAAUUUCUAAAGUAAUUAGCAAAAGUAAACAAAUCCAGCAGAGGUGGUAAAUCAAAUUUCAGAAAGUUUCUCAGCCUAUAAAGUUUUAUAUAAUUUAAUGCUCAUAAGGUAUAUUUAAAUUAUGUGCUAUUCCGCCAAACAACGCGGACAUUUUAAACUUACCAUCCCUAUUUAACACCCCCAACCUCCGAUACCGAUAACAUGGAAAAUGAGACGCGCCGGUUUAAUCAAACCGCUGUUGCGUAUAAAUAACAACAAAAUCCGGGAUUGGAGAAAAAAUUACGCUAAUCAAGUUGAUUCAAACUUGGCAGAGUGUUCACUGGACCCAAAGGAGUACGUGGACUUCAAGAGACAACUGAGGCAGCUAAACUUGCCCCACAAAGAUGGACACACGUGCUUGCAACUGGAGUGCCGACUGUGCGAACGCAACAGGCAGCCGGCGACAAAUGCCCAAAAAGGCGCCGAACAAGGCCUGUUGGCUUACGUAAACAAGAGGACGGGAGCCUUUAUUUGCCCAAAUUGCGAUGUAAAAACAUCCCUGGCCAACGCUUUAUUAUCCUACCAGUUGCCUACGCCAGAUGGCUACAGGCGACCACCGCAAAGAAAACCGCUCUAUGACUCCAGGUUUCCUCACCUCGUCGAUGUGACUCUCGAAGCAUGUGAAGCUCUAGGGGUUAAGGGCUUAAAGGAGGACCAACUAAAUGUCAUUGGAGCUCAGUGGGACCCGAAGCAAAAACUACUCCACUUUAGGUUACGCAAUGCCGCGCAAGUGGUGGUGGGUGAAAAGGUGUUAUAUCUGGGCGAUCGACGGGAGGAAACCUUCCAGGAAAGCUCGAGCUCCGGACUGUUAAUUCAUGGCGCGGCAAACAAGAACAAAGCGGUUUUAGUCAGCAAUCUUCUGGAUUUUAUUGUCCUUGCGACACAGAAUAUUGAUACGCAUUGCGUUGUCUGUCUGCCUUACGAGUUAAAGACAUUGCCUCAGGAGUGUUUGCCCGGCUUAGAGCGGUUCAAGGAGCUUGUCUUUUGGUUGCACUACGAUGCCAGUCAUAGCUGGGAUGCAGCUCGAGCAUUUGCACUAAAAAUGGACGAACGAAGGUGUCUUUUGAUCCGACCCACCGAAACGGAACCAGCACCCCAUUUGGCUCUGCGCCGACGCCUUAAUCUGCGCCACAUUUUGGCCAAAGCGACGCCAGUGCGGCACAAGGCCAUUACCACAUUUGGAGCCAUGCGGAAUGAUAUUCUUAGCGAGUUGCAGAACAUCGAAAAAGUGAAUGGAGUGAAAUGGAAGCGUUUUCCAGUCCUGAACAAGCUCCUCAAAGGUCACCGGAGGGGAGAGUUGACUAUUCUCACAGGACCCACAGGCAGUGGAAAAACCACCUUCAUGAGCGAGUACUCCUUAGACCUGGCCAUGCAAGGUGUAAGCACGCUGUGGGGAUCUUUCGAGAUACGGAAUACCCGGCUGGCUGCCACUCUGCUUCGACAGUAUGUUGGAUAUCCGUUGGACGAACGGUUGCAGGAGUUUAACCAUUGGGCAGCGGAAUUCGAGCGUUUGCCCCUCUACUUUAUGACCUUUCACGGACAGCAGCCACUUAAGCCCGUUCUGGAAGCUAUCGAGCAUGCCUCCUAUGUGCACGACGUGAUGCACGUGAUUAUUGACAAUCUGCAGUUCAUGAUGGGCGUGUCGACAUAUCGAGGCGAUAAGUUCUGGGAGCAGGACUCUAUAAUAGCAGCAUUUCGAUCCUUUGCCACUAAGCAUAAUGUUCACGUGACGCUGGUUAUGCAUCCGCGCAAAGAGCGUCAGGAGGAUGAGCUCACCACAAGCUCGGUUUUCGGAACUGCGAAGGCCACGCAAGAGGCGGACAAUGUGCUGAUUAUCCAGGACAAAAGGCUGACUUCUGUGAGGGGUAAAAAAUAUCUACAGAUUGCCAAAAAUCGCUAUUCUGGCGAUCUUGGCAUAAUGCCAUUGGAAUUUGACAAGGAUGGUCUAAGCUACUCCUCUCAGAUCCAAAGUGGCAAACGAAAACGGGAAAAAAACCCCUUCAGAGGCUUGACUUAUUAAGGCAUUUGUUGUACUAUAAUAUAAUUAUUCUGUUAAUUAUGGCUAGGUUAGGCUUAAGUGAAUUCCUUGAUAAACCGCAUCACGUUGAGCUCUGCUUGUA